AUGUAGAAUCACUCAUUUUGUAAAUUAUCUGUUCCAACAUUUAAAUAAUAUGAGCAGUUUUAAGGUGUAACUCUCUAUUGUAUAGAUGUACAAGUGAUCGGAGUGACAGCUUGGAGAUUGGAAUUGAGAUACAGUGAUCUAUUUGAUUUGAAUACAAUUCUUAAGGCAUAAUUCUAAAAGUUGCCUAAAUUUCCAGGAAAAACUCUGAGCAAACUCACGACACCUGAGGAAUUAGAAAAGCGUCGAAUUAAGUUGAAUUCUUAUCUCUCGGCCAUAUCGGAAAGACUUGAUAUAGUGACCUGCCCAGUUUUUUGUGAAUUAUUCGAAAUAGGCAAAUAUGCUCCUAAAUAUGUUUUUGAACAACCAAAAAUAAUAAAUUGCUAGCAACAUACUUAAACUAUAAAAAACUGCCAGUACCUUAAGGAAUAAGAGGCUUUGCUUGUUGUUUCAUCUCAAACUGAAGGAUACAAAUAAUUGAUGGCUCUUAUGUAGAAUAAAGAGAAUUAAAUUUCUGAGGCUCUUGGAUAAGUAGAACUAUUUAGUCUGAAGGAUAAUUAAAUGGUGUUGAAAUGGUCUUAAAUUUUUGAGAAUCAAGUACAUUAUAAUUACAAUCAAAGGCUCAAUGUUUGCACUACUCAGAGGGAUGCUUAAUAAUUGGACUAGAAAAAGGAAAAGUAAUUGUCUAUUAAUUGGAUCCAAAGACUUGAAUGCACCUCAACACCCCCUUCAACUUAUUAGAUGCAUAAAAUGAGAGUAAAAUGGAGUAUUUUAUCAUAAACUAAAAAAAAAGUUAUUUAUUCCAUUAGUUAAGAUGGGACUUUUGUAGUAACUUUAAGAGAUUACUUGAAACACAAAGACUGUGAAUUGACCGCUUUAUUGGUUUGCGAUUAUCGUGAAGUGGCAUUUAUCGGUAAUUCUAAAGGAUCAGUAUUUAUUUUGGACCUGAGCAAAGAGAGUGUUCAAUACUUAAAACGAGUAGACUGCUAGGUAUCAUCCAAAAUUGUUGACAUUGCAAUCAAUAAUCAACAGGGUUUUUUAUUUGCUGCAUGUGAAUCCGGCUAAUUAUAAGUGCUAGACAUAGGUUCAAUUGGAAGAGAAUCCAAUUCUAAACCUAAAGUGUGUAUUGCAACCAAUUAUCAAACCAAGAAGAUAUCGUAUUGUUAAUAGAGACAUCAUUUGUAUAUUGGAGACACUCUAGGGAAUGUUACUGUAAUUAGUGAACAAACUGGAUGUCCAAUAUAUUCUGUUCGAGCUCAUGAAUUGGAUGUCAUAAUCACAUUAGUUUAUUACCUUGAAGAAACUAAUAAGGUGGUCACUUAUGGCAAGGACCAGAUGUUUAAAAUGUGGGAAUUCCCUACUUGGAUCAACUUAAAUGAGAUUAAGCAUUAGGAGUAUCAAGAAAUCAAACAAGAAUAGUUGAUUAAGCAAUAAUCUAAAUAAAAACAAUCUAAAGUUAAUUAAGCUUAAUCAGAAGAUCAUGAAUAGUGUAUUUGA